CUCUUAUCUCAGGUGAGCGACUAAUAGAGACUUAGGAGAUGAAGGUUGCACCACAGGUUGCCUCUAACUGCUGCACUGAGCCAACCCUGGAGGCAGAACCACCGGCGCUGAUGGUUUGAAGGAGGGAACCUAUUAAAGCCUUCCUCCUCAUCUUUUGCUAUUAAUCUCACUUGGUUUCUUACUGUUAUUGUGUGCGGUGAACUCUGUUGAAGAUAAGAGUGAUUUGAUUGCAGGAUUGCAAAAGGCUCCUGAGUUUGUCUUGCUGAGUGGCCGAUUUCAGAGGCAAGGAGCGACAUGUCCAACAACAUGGCCAAGAUCGCAGAUGCGAGAAAGACGGUGGAGCAGCUGAAGCUGGAGGUCAACAUAGAGAGGAUGAUGGUAUCCAAAGCAGCAGCAGAGCUGAUGUCCUACUGUGAAGCUCAUGCUAAGGAAGACCCUCUGGUGGCUCCUGUCCCUUCGUCGGAGAACCCUUUCAGAGAGAAGAAGCUAUUCUGUGUCGUACUCUAACUCCUGUGUGAAAAGUCAGCAGAAUACGCAUUGUUGUUUUUUUUUUUUUAAAUAUACAUAUUCAUGUGCAUCAUUGUCUUUUUAAGUAAAGCAGCUCUUCAGCGACUUAUCACAUGUGACAUGAUCAUCUUUUCAACAUGAUAAGAGUGGCAAUAAAGUUUUAUUGAAAGGG